AUGGAAAGUAAUAGUAGAAAUAGUGAUCGAUUCUGCGUUGUGCAUUUCUUAAAAUUGCCUUCCAGAGAUGUUGAUGACUGCGUAUGUGUGCCGUUAGCAUGGGUCAUGUUUCAGAGGUCGACGGAUCCGAAAUGCGUUGUUGCAUAUCCCAACAAUGAAACUCUUAUCAAAACAAGAGAGCGUGCGAAAAGAAUGGAGACAUACGAUGAUAAGUGGAGGUUAUAUCUGGCUGAAAUUAAAUAUAGAACAAAUACUUAUGAAGAUGGAGAGCUUUGGAUAACUACAAGAAGGACUGAUGGGCCUUCGGUACCGGAGAAUUCGAGGAUAAAUGGUAAGAAUCAGACCAUACGCGGAAAGAAAAUUUUGUGCGCAACCAGCCCCUCCGGUGAACCACGCAGUGGUAACCGGAAUGAUUCGUCAAAAUCCACGGAAGAUAAACCUCAGUUGACAGUGAAGCUGGAUGAAAGUCUUCGGAAGCAAUUACUAAACAUGAUGAAUAAGAGACCAGCUUCGGCGGAACCGAAGCAACACCUUGAUAUGAAACAGCAAAAACCGAUGAAAAUCGCAGGUGCAAAAGCCAAGUGCGGUCUUAUUCCGAACGCAAAUCCACAGCCUGGAAGCUCAAGAAUAAAACAAUCGACCCCCAGAAACGACCAAUUAAUGAAAAGUGCUCAGCCAAAAGAAACUUCUGCAGGAACCAAAGGUAAAGAGAGUCAUGAGCAAAGUACUAAAUCUAUAAACCAAAAAAUUUUCAAACGUAGUAAACAAGAGCCAAGUAUGCCGAUACUAAACGAAUAUGAACCAACUAAAGCCAUUAAUAUUGAACGACAAGACCAGUCUCAACAUGAUAAGCAUCCGAGUAGAACUAAUAGCAACAUCCAAAAUCAUCUCACUAGUAAUAUGACGCCUGCAUCAACGACUGCGCCGAAACCGCCCGCUAUAGUCGAGCAGAAUCCUCAGCCGAAUCAACAUAAUAACCAAAAACAUCCGCAAGACAGUGGUAAUUCAUCUUCAAACUUCCAACCGCGAAUAACAGAUGUUCGAUCUAUGGCAACAACUUCCAACAAUCAAGAACCACGUGCUGGUGACGGUUCAAAUAAUGGAUCAUCUUCUGCUCAGCAUACACCAGACACAAUUUCUGCUAGACUGCAAGAUAUAAUAAGGAAAGCGCCGUUUUGUGUACCGUCGCAACCUCCAAUCAAGAAGAAAAUGCGCCUUGAGAAUAUUACGAGAAAUGUAGCUGUGCAAAACCGUUCGACUUUAAUGGACGAAACCAAAUCAUUAUCGGAGCCUCCAGCUAGAGAACCACCAGUAACCAGAAUUCAGAAUCGGUUGCUCGUCGACUAUCAAGAAAUUCAGCAUGUGCCCAGAAUAAAUAUCGAGAGACCUCACAGCGUGACUGCUGUGGAUCCAAGAGUUGUUCAUCAAACUUUGCAACAACAUAUGCAGCAAGCCACUCGAGGACAAAAUUUACCUCAAAGAUCCAGCGGAUCACCAAGUGUUGAUCAGAGAAUAAACGCCACACAGCAUCAGCCCAACAGACCUAACUCUCCAACGAUCAGGAUGAGGAUACCAUCUUUGGAUAGGUAUCCAGAGGGCAAACAAAAUCGGAUAAUUGGAGGUCCCGAGCUUUCUGAUCAAGCACAGCUGAAAUUAAUUCAACAAGAAUCACGACGUCCACCAGGUAAUCCAAGACCUGCUGGCGCUUUGCCCAUACCCACCGUAGAGCGACCAAAUGCUUCUAGAAAAGGGAUCCUGAGAAAAGCGCCAUCGCCUGUUUUGUCAGAAGUUCCGAAAUCAAUCAUCGAAACACUUUUAACUACUAGUAACGACUAUCUAUCGAAUGAGCAGCGACUGAAAGUCCUCAUGAAUGACAGUUACAAGCAGCUGCGCAUUGCAGGUUUAGAAAACGUAAUUCGAAACAUCUCAGCAGCACAAUCACGUGAUACGCUCAGCUCCAGGAUGCCUACCGGUUCACCUGAUCAACAACCGAGAAUGGAACCAUAUGUCUAUGAAGAUAUGGCUCAGAAAUCACGCAUGCAGAAGCAGCUGGUUGAUCAACCCAAUGCCAUGAAUCUGAACUCUCAAGAUGACAUUGUGAGGUCCACUGCUGCUGGUGAAUCCUCGUCGAGAGGAGUAGACAGGGAGUGUCAUACAGACAGAUACAUGAAAGAAAAACCUGUGUCGCCAGCUAACGGGACGAAUUCAGAUUCAGGAUGUGAUACUGAUCAAGAAGCAGCUUUUGGCCAUGAGAUGUUAACAGAUGAGACAGUGAAUGAGGCUGCGCAAAAUGGUUCGUCAAGACGUGCUUUGGAGCAACAAAUGUUGGACCAAUUCGCUACCAUCAUUACUCAAAUGGGCUCGACUUUGAAUCAUACGGCGAAUAUGUUCAAUCACCUACGGGAUUCGAUGAUGGAAACUGCUAAGACAUACCAAACGUUGUUGAGUAAUAUCGAAAAAUUCAACGCGAUGGACAGUUCAGCAAGCCACGCAUCUUCCUCUCUUAACGUCAGGCAGGAAGUCCCACUGGUUGCUCAAGGGAUACCAGCCGCACUAUUUGAAAGAGGAAACCGAGACAACGGCAAUCAACCGAGCAAUAACGCCGUCAAUGAACCACCAGAAAUAAAUCACAAUAACAGAUGGAGAUUCGUUCUACCGCCGGAAUAUGAUUCUGAGGACACAAAAUGGACCCUGAAGUAUCGGGAAUAUAGGCACGGGCUAGUAGAACUCUUGCCUCGAAGCGGUAUUUACGUCAGCCACGCAGAGCUCAGGCACAGCAAAGAAGAAUCGAAUAAUUGCCAAUCAUUAGCGCAACGACUGCUAGUAGAAGUCUUCAAUUUAACCGCUCUGAGUGUCUGUUUAUCGAUGACUGAAAAAGCGCAGAUUGGUUACAAGAUGCGCCCCGACGCAAGGCCCGAUUUAGAUGACCACGGAUGUUUAGUCCUGCUCAAUUUUAUUCUGGAGUGCGGGCUAGAACGUGGUUGGAAUACUGACUUGCUGCCUAUUUUCCAAGGCUUAGACAAUAAAGUUAAAGAGCUGCGGUACAAGCUCGGUGUGAUAUCUAAGCGCUCAAGCGCAUCAAAAUCGGUUGAUGCGUUCUUGAGAUAUCGUUGUCGAAAAAAAUCGAAAAAAGUGUUUUUUUGUAAUAACUCCAGAAUUUUCCGUCUGAUAAAUUUUUUUGUUUUGAAUUUUUUAUGGAGCUCGAAAAAUUACAUCGAUCGCCGCCAACCACGUGAAAAUCGGUUAAUUAAUUCAAAAGUUAUAGCAGUUUGA